AUGUCUGACAGCCUGAAAUUCGAGUGUACAGUAAAGCGCGAGCGCGACGCCGUGAGCACGCAGCUGGACGCACAUGUCGCAGGAGAAGCACAGAAGAAGAAGAGCGGCGGGGGCGUCAGCAAUCGCUGGACGCUAGAGCAGGACGAGGCGCUCAAGAAAGCAGUGGCUGAGCUCGGUCAUCGCAAUUGGAUGGUCGUGGCUGAGCGCGUGCCGGGGCGUGAUAAUGCGCAGUGUCUGCAGCGCUGGAACAAAGUGUUAAAGCCGGGACUUGUCAAAGGUCCAUGGUCGGUCGAAGAGGAUGCGAUCCUCAUGGAGAUGAUGCUCAAGGGGUACGACAACUGGCGACAGGUGUCGAACAACAUUCCAGGACGAACGGCUAAGCAGUGCCGUGAACGCUGGCGGAAUCGACUGGAUCCGAGCAUUAACAAAUCGCCAUUUACAGAGGAAGAAGACGAAGCCAUUCAACAAGCUUACGCAAAGUACGGCAAUCGCUGGACGCAAAUUGCUGAGCUCUUACCGGGUCGCACAGAAGAUGCAAUUAAACUCAGAUGGAAGGUGCUGAACCCCAACCAGAAGACAUACACGAAGCUGGGUCGCCCGCGGCUGUUGAAUACAGAGGACGCCCCGUCCGUUUCUACUUCGCCGAGGAAACUGGACGUGUCAUACGCGCGACGCGCGAUAUCAGGCUCAAUAUAUCCGCCUGUUCCGAUCGCCACGACUGUGCCUGGUCUGACUCAGAUCAAUCUAGAGCCGAUGCUGAAUCCUCUUGAAGAUAAAUCGGAAGAGCGCAUGAGCGAGGAAGACGUGAUGAUUUUGAACGAGUUUCUACGCGGCCACUCGAAUAGCUCGCUUGAAUCCAGCAGCUUCAAGAGCUUGCUGUCAGCCACAAGCUUGCGGAGUUGCGGCGAUGACAUCGAUAGUGCUGUGUUGAAGUUGACGGCUGCGCAUUCGCUAUCUGGAUUGGGCACAGAAGAGUUGAUGGCAUCAAAGUUCCAACAAAACGCACAUGAACAAGCUUCAAGCCGAAUACUGAACAAAAUGCUGAGUCUUGGUGACACGAAGAGUGAAAGUCUGCGCUCGAUCACAGCGGACGUGGAGCCCGAUGAUUCAUGGAUCAACGGCGGUUUGACGCGAUGUCUGAGCAAUCUGUCGGUCAACAGAGAAGACGGUGGUGACGAGGAAGUGUGCGCUCGCAACCAGAAGCUGAGCUCUCUGGACUCGUUUGAGCAGCAACUUGCAUCGCUCAACGAUACAGGCUCUUUAUUGAGCAGUUCGUUGAAUUUGGACGAUGGAGACAAGACCCAUGGUGCAUUGGCGGAUGCGACAGACGCGUUCGUGAACGGGCUAUGCACAGAAGCUGCUCCUGCAUCACAGCAUUCAUUCCAGCUGAUACCGGACGACGAGAUUCCAGUCCACGGUCUAUCGGACGGGGCAGCCGCAUCUACCGACACAACAAGAACCGUGACAGCACAAGAUUUCUACAGUAGUGCAGUUCCACAUGACCAGCUCUUGUCCGCACACCGCUUUGAAAUCUAG